GCAUGGCGGGGGACGCAGAAGCAGAGAAGUGGAAACAAAUCAAUAAUUUUGUAACUUUACGUCGACUUAUUGUGCAUAUUCAUUAAAAAUAAUUUCAUCAGAAUCGUCACAUUCUGUACUAAAAUAACUAAGUAUUGGUGUGCCAUUGGGUCAUAAUCAUGAAUAGGGACAAACGGGAACCGGAAUAUCCUGCCGAGUUAGAAUCUCAGUUCAUAUUGAGGCUGCCUCCCGAGCCUGCUAAGGUUCUUAGCGAAGUUUUGAAAACAGGAGAGAAUCUCAAAAAUCGUUUGACCAUACAAAUCGAGAACGACAUGCGGCACGGCGAAGUGCGAUUUGACCACUGGCUAAUGCACGCUAAAAUUGUAGAUCUGCCCACAAUUGUAGAGGCCCUGAAAACUAUAGACAACAAAAGUUUCUACAAAACUGCAGACAUUGCCCAAAUGAUGAUAUGCAAAGAUGAACCCGAUCAACCAUCCACUGAAGACGAAUCACCGUCUAAGAAUAAAAGGAAGGAUCCAUACAAAGUCGACAAAAAGUUUUUGUGGCCCCAUGGAAUAACUCCUCCAGCAAAAAACAUAAGGAAGAGACGUUUUAGAAAAACUUUAAGGAAGAAGUUUGUGGAAGCACCUGAGAUAGAGAAAGAAGUUAAGAGACUGUUGCGAGCUGACAAUGAGGCAGUUAGUGUAACAUGGGAGGUCAUAAACGAAGAAGAAGAUCAGUCUUGUAAACCAGAGCCCGGCCCAUCUGUUAGCAGCAAGCCAGAGAAGAAGCCUAAAGCUGAGCGGCCACCUAAACGAAGUGAACCAAAAUCAACUGCUCCAAAUCCUGAAUCAUCAAAGCUUGUUGACAUAUUUGGUGGAGCUCUCAGCGACAGUGACUUAGAAGAAGACAACAUUAAUGUAGAGAUGGAGAACUGUCGCUUGUCUCCAUAUGACAGCCGGAUAUUGGAUACCGGAUCCAUGCAUGGAUUGGGCGAUAUGCAUAGCAAAGAAACAGAACAGUUUGAUGCACAAUUGUUUCCAUAUCCUGAAGCUCCUAAGGCAACAUUUAGUCAUGCUUCGACCUCUGGCAUGCAGCAUCACUCAAGCAGCAGAGUUUCAACUGCAAUGUCUGAAGAAGAGGACGGAGACUAUCAGAGCAUGCGUGACAUGAACAAGGACAACAUGAGCUUCAGAAUUGAACAAGUUAAAGCAGAAUUGGAUGAAUUGAAACAACGCCGUCAGCGGACACAGCAUGAGAUUGCCGGCAUGGAAAACCUGGCUCUACGACAGCGGUUCCAAGAUAUUCUUCAUACUUUGAAUCAGGAUAUUAUGUACAAAGACAUGGAGUACCAAGGACUAUUAACACUUCAAAAUUCUGAGGUGAUAUAAAUUGAUGGUUUUGGAUCUAACAAUUUUAUUGAUGUAUUGAUGUUGUAUUUUAUCUGCACAUAACUAUCUAUUUAUGUGCAGGUUCAUUAUUAGUAUUAAAGUAUUUUAUAUAGUUUUAAGUAAAGAACUGAAUUAAAUUGGAAGCUAAUGGAAGUACAGGGAGUCAGCGGAGUGCUAUUUGAAUAACUUUAUAAAUAAAAUACAUUGUUUUUUGGGCUAUAUUUGUGUUGAGGAACGAGAUUUAAAUGAUAAUUGAACGGCAAGCUUUUUUUCUAUUUGCAAGUUUUUGUCUCUUGUAUUAUCGUCACAUUGAAAUCUAUUGUUUUAUUAACACAUUCACUGCCAGCGACCUGCUGGGCGGGUAGCGAUCCGCUGGGCGGGUUCUCUGAUUGUAAGCACUUUGCUACAAACUGUUUCUUCCGGGUCAUAUGCUACACUCACAGUGCGUAGCUCGCAGUGGCAUUGAAUGUGUCUAAUGAUAUAUUUCCGUAUCAAUGUUAAUUAUAUUAUUAUAUUUUUGGUUAAAAAAUUGAUUUUGUGUAGAGACCUUCUACACUAAAUGGAUUAUUAAAUUAUAAACAAAUUGCAUCUAAAUAUGUUACAUGUGUCGUUUCUUAGACAUAAUAUAUUUUUUUAAUUAGGAGGUCUUUACACAAGUAUCAGUACUUAUUAAUAAUGAAUUAUAAGUAUAUAGUUUCUUAUGUCUGCCAUGAAGCAACGGUUAUGAGCUGUUUAAAUUUAACAUAACUUUUGAACUAUUUUAAAAUGUUUUUCCAAAUUAAUAUACUACCCCACCCAAUACGAUUUUGUGAUAUUUUACUGUUAUUGGGGCAUAUAAUGCACUUUAGACUGAAUGCCGGUGAAUGCAAUGAUUUUACAAUUGAUUUAAUGAAAAAUUUAAAAUGUCAUCAACAUCAUUGUGGUUUACAUAAUAACUGAGUAUAUGUUUACUACUUUUUAUUAUUAAUCAAUUAUCAAGUCUGUGUUAGGUUAAGUGUUACAGUUAAAUGAUUUAAGUUCAGUUGCUUAACAACAGUGUAAAACGUUUUAUUUUAAUUAUAACAUCAUUGUUACACUUCAUUUAUACACUUAUAUGUAACUUAUAUUUAGUAAAAUAAAUAAAUCUAAUCGUAA